AUGAACUUUCUCAACAACACUCUGUGUCCUGAAAUCAUACCAAUACGUGAGACUUUGUUGAUGAAACUUAAAGAUAACAAAAGGCUUUUGGAUUGUGAGCGAGAGGAUGGCUGGCGGAAUGGUCUGAACCGGGUGCGAGCCGUUUUCUUCGACCUGGAUAACACACUCAUCCACACGGCCGCGGCCAGCAGAAGAGGCAUGCUGGAGGUGAUAAAGCUUUUACAAUCAAAAUACCACUAUAAAGUAGAGGCUAAAACCAUCUGUGACAAAGCUCAAGUUAAACUCAGCAAGGAAUGUUUUCAUCCUUCCAGUACAUGCAUUACUGACCUAAGGACUUUACCCUGGGAGGAAGCAAUCCUUGAAACGAAGGGUGGUGCAGCCAAUAGGAAAUUGGCUGAAGAAUGUUAUUUCCUGUGGAAAUCUACACGUUUACAGCAUAUGAUACUAGCAGAAGAUGUCAAAGCCAUGCUCACCGAACUUCGGAAAGAAGUCCGCCUACUUUUAUUAACAAAUGGAGACCGACAGACCCAGAGGGAGAAGAUUGAGGCUUGUGCCUGCCAGUCCUAUUUUGAUGCUAUCGUUAUAGGUGGAGAGCAGAAAGAAGAGAAACCAGCCCAUUCCAUAUUUUAUCAUAGCUGUGAUCUCCUUGGACUACAGCCUGGGGACUGUGUGAUGGUUGGUGACACACUAGAAACCGAUAUACAAGGAGGCCUCAAAGCAGGGCUGAAAGCAACAGUCUGGAUAAAUAAAAAUGGAAUAAUGCCACUGAAGUCCUCCCCCAUGCCACACUAUAUAGUUUCAUCUGUGCUAGAGUUACCUGCUGUCUUACAAAGUAUUGAUUGUACAGUCAGUAGGUCAACUUAAAGUAUAGAAAAGGGCAUGAUUAUGUAUUUUAGGGUCAAAUACAGGUUUUGAACUAAGAAAAGUUAAGGCAUUCCAUGUAUUAAGACCCAGUUCUAAGAAUAAUUUUACUUACAGUUUAAUAGCCAGCCAACCACUGACUGGCAUUUAUAUCUGAAAAUCCAGAGCACAUUAAUAAAUACAACUUACUAGUUAUUAGUAGUGUAAUUCAGAAAACUUGAGGAAAUCUAUUAUUUGUUAAUCUGUGACUUGAGGUUUUUGAAAAAUUAUUUUAUUAAUCUUUUAGCAUCUUGGAUCCAUGAAGAUAUCAGACAAGAUAGCUUAUACAUGGAUGCACAAAUACAGGUUUUAUGUUCUGUCUUAAAAAUAGAUAUAUUUUUAAAAUAGAUAUUCUAGAUAUUCUAAAACAGAUAUAUAAUAGAGAUUUAUCAGAACAAUUGGAUCUGGAUAAUAGGAAAUAAGUGCUAAGUCACAUGCCAAUCAAGGCAUUCCAUAGUGAAAUUAUUUUGCAUAUUUUCUUUUUAAAAACAUCUACCAUAUUUUUGUCUACUUUGAAUGUAUACAUUCUUUUAUGAAUCCAGUUUUUCUGCAUGACCUUUUUUGAGGGGAGGGGGGAUAAUUUUCCUAUGGUGUAUACAUGACAAAUAAAUUUCUCCAGUAAAACAACUGUUAAAAUCAGCAUAUGGUGCUCCUUCUCCAUGACAUUUUCACAUCUUUCUA